AUGAAAAUGAAGCGGAAGCGAGGGCAACGCUUUGCAACCAACCUGCGUGAAUUAGUACAGGAGCUUUUAGAAGAAGAAGAACAUCUAAUGGCUCUUGAGGAAGAACAUUCGAAUAUCUCAGACGACGGGUACACUGUGCUCGGAAGUGUUGCAUCGUCGAAUGACAACCGACGUGAGCUCAAAUCACAAGUGAAGGGGCCAGCUGAGGAGAAUAUGGUACACUUCAAUGAUGAUAGUGCUCGAUUGCGCGUUGCUUGCGUGUGCCAGCAGGAGCAAUUGGAGACGUUGGAAUACCAUCCGCUUCGGCUGCACCUCCCACGCCUACCCUCCACCAACAGCGCUUUCACGCCUUUCGAAUUGAAACGGCGUCAGAUGAACAGCCCAAUGACACGAGCAAAUGAACCAACGUCAAGGCUCCAUGCGGAGCAGUUUGACGUCCGUUAG